AUGACUUCAAACGACCGUCGACGGGCGGAUGAGGAGGAGGCUCCACCCGAUUCUUCACAUCAUUUCAAUGCGAUCGAGCCAUUGAGACGGCUAGAAGCUGCUCUUCCACUUGGAAGUGCUCAGUCUGCUCCCAUCGAUGCGACUAUUCUUCCCACCACAACUUCGGCACGGCGACGGGCCUCCGUCGUCUCGUCCGCUCUCGACGGAGACAUUCACCUGUCAGAAAAGGUCGCCGAGCAACAAGAGAGCGGACAUGCUUUGACCGGCACGUCUGCAGAGCAAGAGACGGUGCUGUACCUAGCAUACGGCUCAAAUCUCGCCUCUCAGACUUUCCGUGGAAUGAGAGGAAUCAAGCCGCUGUCGGAGAUUCCAGUGCUCAUACCAGAGCUUCGUCUGACCUUUGAUCUUCCAGGCAUUCCCUACGCUGAGCCGUGCUUUGCGGGCACGCAGUAUCGGGAUCCUGACUUGCCCACUGAUGCAGAGCCACAUCAACACGGCAAUGUGUCUGAAACUGAGGACGACAUGGUCUCUGAAAAGGCACCGCUUCUGUCAGGUACACAAGAAGUGCGGAGGACGGAGGCGAGCCGGAAACGAUGGCACAAGCCUCUGAUUGGGGUUGUGUACGAGGUCACCCUGGCUGACUAUGCAAAAAUCAUUGCGACGGAGGGUGGUGGACGCGGCUAUCGAGAUGUGGUGAUCAAUUGUUACCCCUUUGCCGAAGGAUUCAAGUCCACAGAUCCCGUCCCGGAUCAUCCUGAUACCACGCCCUUCAAGGCCCACACGCUUCUGUCACCCGGUGCCGAUGAUGCCCGGAAGAGAAUAGAAGCGGCCAAACGUGGUCAUUCUGCUGUUGAUGCUUCAGUUACAUGCACGUCUUCUUCAAAAUCCUCCUUUUUCAGUGAUUUUGCGCCACAAAUGCGUCCGGACCCUGAAUAUGCGCAGCCUUCUGCUCGCUAUCUCAACCUUCUGGUGACUGGCGCCGCCGAGCACGAUCUCCCCGUGAGCUACCGAGAGUACCUAUCUCAAAUUCAUACCUACAGAAUCACUACAGUCCGCCAGAAAAUUGGCAAAUUCGUGUUCGUUGGUCUGUGGGCACCUGCGAUUCUCUCCCUUCUAACUUUCUCGAAACGGUUCGCCGGCCCUGACGGACGAAGCCCACCAUGGCUAGUCAAUUUGUCGAAUAUUCUGAUCUCCGCUAUGUGGUACACGUAUGACAUGUUCUUUAAACCAGUGUAUGGCGACGGGGAGCGGACGUUGGGUGAUGUGCCAUCGAUUUAA